UAUGAACGUUUCUGAUUGGCUGUUGUUAGCGGUGACCUGGCAACCGAGAGAAAACUUACAGACGCUGAUUUAUUCUUCGGGAUCUUCAUUUGACGUACAGAUAGCCUGUGAUUCCUUGCCGACACUAGUUGCUCUUCCUCCAUCGACAGAGAGGAUGUCGACGAGAACGCUGCCUCUGCUCUUCAUUAAUCUGGGUGGAGAAAUGCUGUACAUUUUGGAUCAGCGCUUACGGGCUCAGAAUAUCCCAGCAGAUAAAGCCAAGAAAGGAUCACUUUCAGUAUCAUCUUUGUGAUUUGAAAUCUUUGUAGCCCCUGUAGCAGAUUGGCUAGAGGAGGACAGGAAAAGAGGUAUUGUUAAUAUUCUGCUUGCUUCGCUGCUGGCCAUAGAACGAAGUAGCGUGAGUGUGUACAUAUCAGCUCUCAUAGGCUCACUUGCUCUAUGUAGAUGGAGAUGGGAUUUCUGCACUCUUGUUGCCGUUAUUUUACAUUUUGAAUGGUUUUGUGUAAGAAACACACUUAAAAAAAAAAAAAGCUUAAUUUUGAUCACUAUUUUUUUUUUCUCAUUCUCUGCAGUACAGCUUACGACAGAUUGCAUUCUGCUUGCUUGGUUUUCGCUUUUGUAUUUGCACAGAAUUGCUUUUGACUUACUGCAACUGUUUCUGUUUUUUGUGUUGUGAUAGUCAUGAAUGAUAUCAUUACCACCAUGUUCAAUAAGAAGUUCCUGGAGGAGCUGUUCAAGCCACAAGAGCUGUAUUCCAAGAAAGCCUUGAGGACGGUGUUUGAUCGACUGGCUCACGCUUCAAUCAUGAGACUCAAUCAAGCAAGUAUGGACAAGCUCUAUGACCUGAUGACCAUGGCGUUUAAGUAUCAAGUCCUGCUUUGUCCUCGUCCUAAAGACAUCCUCCUUGUAUCCUUCAACCACAUGGAUGCCAUCAGGGACUUUGUGAAGGACACUCCCAGUAUCCUAAGCCAAGUGGAUGAAACAAACAGACAACUCCUAGAGAUAUAUACCCCUUUAUCUGGUGGAGAGUUUCAACUAAUUAGACAAACACUUCUCAUCUUCUUUCAAGAUAUGCAUAUAAGAGUAUCAAUUUUCCUAAAAGACAAAGUGCAGAACUCCAAUGGACGAUUUGUCCUCCCCACUUUUGGGCCUGUUCCAUAUGGGACACACACACCGGGACUCAUCAGGAUGUUUAGCUGUACUGGCGAGGAGGUGAAAAGUUUGCAGUUCCGUGACUGUGGCAAUUACAGCUCCGCUCUCCGUGAGGGUUCUUUCGAAAUGUAUGGUGAUCGAGUCAUCAAACUGGGCACAAACAUGUACAGUGUGAGUCGCCCUGUUGAGACACACAUGUCUGGAACCUCCAAAGACUCCUCACAACACACUAAGGUCAACACAACUCCAAAUCCUCUGGCAAAAGAAGAAUUGAACCUCCUUGCUAGACUGAUGGGAGGAUUGGAAGUGCAGAAACCAGCUAGUACGGACUCUGGCUUCCGUGUUAACCUUUUCGCCACUGAUGAGGAGGAAGAGGAAGCUUUGAUAUCAAGACCGGAUGAGCUUUCUUAUGAAGUUAUUAAUAUCCAAGCAACAAAGGACAAACAGACCAAUGCUGAGCUGGCUAAGAUCAUGGGGGAGUUUGGGAAGGCGGGUGAGCCAGCCCCCAGUUCCAGCAGCAAGGGUGAUGACCUCCUGGCCAUGAUGGAUGGUCUGUGAUGUAGACUUGAUGUUGACUUGAUGUUCCCUUUGGCUGAGGAGAGUGACUGAGUGUUUAAGCAGGAUAAAAUGCUACAAUGUGUCUUACUCAGCAAAGAGGCCUUUUGUCUCUACAGCGACAACAGGUACCAUAUCCACGUAAGAAUGACAGCUAAGCUCCAAGAGAUUUUCUUUGUGAAUUUCAUGCCAGUUUUCCUCUCCUGCUACCAAAUGCAAGAAAUGCAAAAAGCAGGUAACAGCAAUGUUCCAAAAUCAGUAGUGGACUGUUUGUAUAACUACUGAGGCUCUGGUUUGAUUUCAGUCUUCACAGUAGUGUCGGCCAGCAAUGUGAGACUUCUGUGACAUUUAGAUCAGUGGACAGAAUGAUACACCUUUCCUGAACUGUCUUAGUUGUCUUUCUAAGAGGACAAUCUGUGCACAUGGAAUUCAGUUAAAUCUUUUGUUUGAUGUGCAACUGAAAGGUGCAGGUUAUGAUGUUCAAGUACUCUAUAUUUGUGUUGUAUCCAAACAAUAAGCUCUGCUUUAAGGGAUAGCCCACCCAAAAAUUACAAUUCUGUCAUUAUUUACUCAACCUCAUGUUGUUUCAAUCCCGUAUGACAUCCUUUCUUCUGUGGAACACAAAAGGAAAUGUUUGGCAGAAUGUUAGCCUCACUCACCAUUCACUUUCAUUGUAUGUAAAAAAGGUGCAAUUAAAUUGUUCUUCUGUUUUGCUCCCCGGAAGAAAGAAAGUCAUAUAGGGUUGGAACAACAUGAGGGUGAGUAAAUAAUAAUAGAAUUUAUAGAAUAGAGUAAUAAUAUCUUUUUAAGAUAUUGGAGGGUAUUGGAGGAAACCGAAGUGCACUUGCAGUAAAUAUUUAGCACACAUCCCAGGAAUCCCCUGGUUUAUAGGAAGCCCCAGGACAAUUUAUGUACUUUUGUUUGAUAAAAAUGCAACAGAGUCAGGUAUUUCAAUGUUAAGAAAUUGUCACAAUUCAAAUAAAAUGUUGAUGUCUUAGAAUGUGCAAUUAUUGCAUAACUUAAAGGGAAAAUGUAUAUAUGAAUGCCACCUUCCAUGGAAAGAAAGCAAUGCAAUAUGUAU